GAUUAGCAUUUGUAUCGUUAGUCGAUAUUGUUGGAUACAAACAUAGAGCUACUCUUUACACGUAUAGUUCUUUAGAAAAUAAUCACUUGCAUAUAAUAUCAUACAUAUUAUUGACAAAAAAACAUGUGUUUGUUAGUUUCGUAAAUUAUCAUUAUUAUUUGUUAACUGCUCUAAGCACAUGUGAAAAAAAUAGUAGCCUAACCUUUCAAUAUAUGCAACUCUCUCAAAUAAGAAUCUGAGCAAUUCAACGUUUUGUUACAAGAAGUACAAAAGAUACUUGACAACAAAUUUUGUAGCAAAUUGAUAAAGAAAUACUUUAAUCAUUAUUGUGUUGUAAUAUCAGUAAACUCUGGUCAAACGAGAGCUUACAUAUGGAUACCGAUGCUGAAAAGGAAUACUUUUUCGAAGCACUAUCUUUAUUUUAUGACAUGCAGUGGCUUCAUAAUAUAGCAGUAACCGAGAUCUUAACUAAAGCAUCUUUAGAUGCAAUUCCCAAAGACUGGAUUGAACAUUUACAAAUUCUAACAAAUGAGGAAUUCAAUAAUUUUAUAGUGAGAAAGACAAUAAAAUUCGAAUGGCCCGAUUCAUUAAAAACAUAUGUUAAGAAAUGUCAAAAUCUUAUUAGACUGCCACUUGUAGAAACACCACUUUCUGAAAUAGAAUUGCCACACAAAUUUAAAAUUGGUCUCAGUCGAAAGAAGCAACACGAAAUAAUACAUUUAGCUCAUUUAGUGCACACGCAAUGUAAGCUGCAUGAUAUACAAACAGUCAUCGAUUUGGGAGCUGGUUUGGGCUAUGUAUGCCAAAUGUUGCAUUAUUUGUACGGCUACCGAGUUCUGGGUUUGGAAAGAGACAAUGAAAACGUGAACAGAGCAUGUAUUAGACAAGAAAAAUUGUAUCCCGAUUCUUUGACCAAAGUUAAAUACAUCCAUUGCGAUGUGACACGUGAUUCCACUGACACGAUAGAAUCUAUCUUGCAGCAAGAGUUCCCUGACUUUACGGAUGCAUGUCUGAUUGGAUUGCAUGCCUGCGGAGACCUCAGUGCAAGCGCAUCAAGAAUUUUCUGCAAAAUGAAGUCUGUUAAACUCUUUAUUCUAAUCUCCUGCUGUUAUCAUAAACUUUCCAUUUCCAAGACUGUACAGAUUUCAAUGCAAGAAAAACAAUAUUUUCACAAUUUUCCCUUAUCAAAUUGUCUACGAGAAACGAUAGCGGCGUACAAUUUUGACAUAGGGCAGUUCUUAAGAAUACCUUUUCUGCGAUUAGCGUGUCAAGAAUCGGUGGAUAAAUGGCAUAGCAUGUCCAAAGAGAAACAUGACGAACAUUCCUUUCACGUUCUCGCUCGAGCCGUGCUAGAAUUAUACUCGCAACAAAAUAAUCUCCUUCUCAAGAAAAAAGUUCGAAAAGGUACGAGGAAGUCCCAAUGUUUGAAUUUUCAAACUUAUGUUAACGAUUCGUUAUUGAGAUAUGAUAUAGUACCAGAUACGAACGUAAAGUUUGCAGGUAAUGUCGUACAUGAUGAAUUAGAGAAAGGCAUAACACAAGUAUGGGAAGAACAGAGUGAAAGAUUAGAAACUGUAAAAAUCUACUCUGGUCUGCAAAUGAUGCUACAACUUCCUGCAGAGUCAUUAAUUCUACAAGAUCGUUUAUUCUGGCUGCAUGAACAAAACUUAGAAGCUGUAAUUGUGCCUGUAAUGAACAAGUGUAUAUCUCCUCGUUCAUAUGCAAUUGUAUCUCAUAAAAGCUGAAAAUUAUUUAUUAUACUGUAAUAAAUAAUAUAUCAAU